ACAGAGGCCUGGGUUUGCCCGACGCCAUUGGAUAGUGGUGCUGUAUGCGAUGCCACGCUGGGAUGAUGGCUCUGCACGGUGGCCAUCGACUGCUGCUGGCCCUCGACGGAAGGUAUGACGCCCUGAGCAACGUCAGACAUGAUGACCUCAGGGGUCGCCAUGCUGAGUGCUGAGUGCUGGAUGCUGAGCGCGUUGAUGAUCCGGGGCGCGUUCUCAGCAGCAGCCGCAGGUGUGAGGCGGGUGAAAGGCGCGUGUGAUAACUGCUGCCUUUGGAGACGCAAGGCGAUCGAAAAACCAAAGAGAAGCACCCGAGACGAAAAAGAAUUGACCCAAAGUGACUCCCAAAGAACAAACUGGCUGAAAGAGCAGGUAAUGACUGGCCUCGUUGUUGGCGGAUAUGAGGCAGGUGAGGGUUGAUUUUCGGUAGGCACCACCCGGUCGCGUUGGUAGCUCUAAAUUACCUAGCUAACCCGAACGUGAAGGGUUGCGGCAAGUGCAACGCGAGUUAGUUAGGCAGGAGCG